GGUCAGACGCCUCAUUAUGCAAACUGAACACAGCCUGUGAAGCAUCGACAACAUGUCGCUGAAUGAAGAAGAGGGUGAUUUCUUGAACGAUGUUUUCCCAGAUGAUUUCGUUUGGGGUGCAGCGAGUUCUGCAUAUCAGGUCGAGGGAGGCUGGAAUGAAGACGGCAAAGGCCCAAGCGCUUGGGAUACCUAUACUCAUCAUGUGAAAUAUCCAAGAAAGGGUUAUAACGGCGACAUAGCGUGCGACAGUUACCAUAAAAUAGACGAAGACGUAGCGCUUUUAAAAAACCUUGGUGUCAGCCAUUAUCGAUUCUCAAUUUCAUGGCCUCGACUCCUACCUCGAGGUACAGUCGAUCACGUUAACCCUCUUGGCGUACAGUAUUAUAAGAAACUUAUUGGAAAACUCCUAGAAAACAACAUUCAACCGGCAGUCACCCUGUAUCAUUUUGAUUUGCCACAAGCUUUGGUAGAUUGUGGAGGCUGGCUAAGCCGGGAUGUGGUUGACAAGUUUGUGGAAUAUGCUCGGCUUUGUUUUCAAGAGUUCGGCGAAAAUGUGAAAAUAUGGAUGACUAUCAACGAGCCAGGAAUUUACUCUCGCGUUAGGUAUGGAGAACGCGGGAUGUUAGAACCAGAGGUAAAGGCGGAAAGUGGAGAAGGAACAUAUCAAGCUGCCCAUAACAUGCUACUUGCUCAUGCGAAAGCGUGGCACGUCUACGACAAAGAGUUCCGUCCAAGCCAGAAUGGCAAGAUAACCAUCGUAUUGGAUUCAGAUUUUUUUGUUCCCAAGACUGAGAGCGAAGCUGACAAGCAGGCAGCCUAUCGAGGUAUGCUGUGGAGUUUGGGAUGGAUGGCUGAUCCCGUGUUCAAGGGUGAUUAUCCAGAAAUGAUGAAAACAACUAUUGAAGAGAAAAGCCGUGCUAAAGGUUUGCCAUGUAGAUUGCCGAGUUUUAGUGAGGAAGAGAAAAAGCUUAUCAAGGGCACGGCAGAUUUUUUUUCACUGAACUUUUACUGUGGACAAGUUGCUGAGCAUGUUGCUUGCAACCCAGAUACAGAAUGGGGAUACGAGACAGAUCAAGAACUCAAAGGCUCUAAGAAACCGCACUGGGAAGUUGGUGCUGUUCCACUUUUCGUUGCAACACCAUUUGCAUUACGGAAAGUUCUGGUAUGGAUCAAAGAACGUUACAAUAAUCCAGACGUGAUGAUCACAGAAAAUGGGUUUUGUUGUCAAGGAGAAGAAGAAUUACAAGGCCCAGAGGCGUUGAAUGACGUGGAAAGAACCGAUUUUAUCAAGAGAUAUUUAAAUGAAGCACUUAAGGCUUGUAAAAUAGAUGGCGUUAAUCUCAAAGGUUAUUUCAUAUGGUCACUUAUGGAUUGUUUCGAGUGGAUUAAUGUUCUGGGUUUCAAUGCUCGUUUUGGUAUUUAUCGAGUUGAUUUUGAGAGUGCAGAUAGGACCAGAACGCCGAAGAAAUCAGCCUUCUAUUAUAAAGAAAUUGUAGCUAAUAAUGGCUUCAAAACUUCGAUCGGAAUGAAUAAAUUGUAGCCUGUACUAGCGAAGGCGGGGCACCUCGAGUGGGUUAACGUUCUAUACAGCACCUCUCGCUAAAUUUUAAUUACAUGUCGAAUACAAAAAUUAAAUUAAAUUCACGUUGAUAUUUUUCAUAUGUUUUAUCAUAUUUAUCCUGUAUUCUAAAAGCACGUUCACUACAUAUAUUUUACCAAAUUCACAAUUUAUAAUAAAGUUAUAUUUGACAUCCAUGACUGUGUAUCGUUUGUU